AUGAACUUGGAGCCGGGCGAGUGCGGGAUGAACUCGGUGAGCUGCGGCAACGGGAAACUCCGCCAGUGGCUGAUCGACCAGAUAGACAGCGGCAAGUACCCAGGGCUGGUGUGGGAGAACGACGAGAAGAGCAUCUUCCGCAUCCCCUGGAAGCAUGCUGGCAAGCAGGACUACAACCGCGAGGAGGAUGCUGCCCUCUUCAAGGCCUGGGCACUUUUUAAAGGAAAGUUCAGAGAGGGCAUUGAUAAACCAGAUCCCCCUACCUGGAAGACAAGAUUAAGGUGUGCUUUGAACAAGAGCAAUGACUUUGAAGAGCUGGUGGAGAGAAGCCAGCUGGACAUCUCAGAUCCCUAUAAAGUAUACAGAAUAGUGCCAGAAGGAGCUAAAAAAGGUGCAAAACAGAUCAGCAUGGAGGAGCAACCGUUAAUGAUGAACCAUCCCUUUCCAAUAACGUCUCCUUACACUUCACUACCAUCUCAGGUACCAAACUACAUGGUGCCCCACGAACGGAACUGGAGGGAGUUUGCCCCAGAGCAGCCGCAUCCUGACAUCCCCUACCAGUGCGCCAGUGUCCCCUUCGCAGCUCGCAGUCAUCACUGGCAAGGGCCUGGCUGUGAAAACGGUUGUCAGGUGACAGGAACCUUUUAUGCUUGUGCCCCUCCUGAGUCCCAGACUCCUGGCAUCCCGAUUGAGCCAAGCAUAAGGUCUGGUGAAGCCCUCGCCCUGUCAGAUUGUCGGCUCCACAUCUGCUUAUAUUACCGUGAAAUACUGGUAAAGGAGGUGACAACUUCUAGCCCUGAAGGUUGUAGGAUAUCCCAUGGCCAAAGUUACGAGGUCAGCAGCCUGGAGCAAGUUAUCUUCCCGUAUCCAGAGGAUAAUGGCCAGAGGAAGAACAUAGAAAAACUACUGAACCACCUGGAACGAGGAGUAAUACUGUGGAUGGCACCUGAUGGCCUCUAUGCUAAGAGACUUUGCCAAAGCAGGAUCUACUGGGACGGGCCUCUGGCACUCUGCAGUGACCGACCCAACAAGCUGGAGCGGGACCAAACAUGCAAGCUCUUUGAUACUCAGCAGUUUUUAGCAGAGCUGCAAGCCUUUGCUCACCAUGGACGUCCGCUGCCAAGAUACCAGGUUGCUCUGUGCUUUGGGGAGGAAUUUCCAGAUCCGCAGAGGCAGAGGAAACUAAUUACAGCCCAUGUUGAACCAAUGUUUGCCAGGCAGCUGUAUUACUUUGCUCAACAAAACAGUGGACAUCUUCUGAGAGGCUAUGAUUUACCAGAACUUGUGACUAGUCCAGAGGAUUAUCACAGAUCUAUUCGCCAUUCCUCUAUUCAAGAGUAA